AUGGGUAAAAAUGAGAAUACUCAAUUUCGUCAUUUUCCUAAUGUAACUGAUAAUGUCUAUGAUACAUUUUCAUUAAUUCCUCAAUCAAAUAAUAUGCAUUGUUCACGUAUUCAUUUUCAAAUCACAUCAUCAAAAAUAUAUGAAACAUUACAAGAUGCAUUAAAUGCAAUGCAAUCAUCAAUCAAUAGUAUUGGAACAAAUUCAAAAGGGGUUAUCGUCAUCGCAUUAAUUAGUGGUCCAGUUCUUGCUCAUGAAAGUUUGUCUCAUCGACGUCGAGAGACGGGCAUUAGUAAAGACGAUGUUCUAGUAUCUGAAGAUAGAAGCUCUGGAAAUUUUACACUUGAUCUAGAUAAAAGUUCAUGUACACCAGAUCAAAAUGUAACAUCAGAUGGAAAUAUUACUUCAGUUGUGUAUGAUUUUUGUGGAACUCACAUAUGUUUUCGAAGAAAAUAG